GCGUGAACUGAGCGUCCGCUGAGAGGGCAAGAGAACUCCAGGAGCGCCGGCAGAGUAAGGCUUUAGUGCUUUACCACUCGUGGUCAAGCAAAUGGAUCAGCAAGGCCAAACUUCUAUCGAUUCAGACGAUUCCAAGAUGGUUCAGCUGGCCAAUGGUCUGAGAGGUGAAUUAGACGCCCUACACUCACCACAGGCGCAGGUCGGCGACAAGCGCCCUCCUUGUCCCAUCAUCAUCGCCAAGGUCCGCGACCAGACGCGUAACGUCGACAACGGCGAGUAUGACCCCGACCACGUCGCCAUCGGCCCGUACAACUACCCUCGACCCCAGAGCAAGAGCCCGCAUCUCGCCAUGGAGCACGACAAGCUGAUGAGCCUGGACAUGGUGAUCACGGCAGCCAAGGCUCGGAGACCCGGCAUGACGGUGGAGGUGGACGUCUACGUCAAGGAGCUCAGAUGCCUCGAGGAAUCUGUGAGGAACUGCUACGGCAACACGUUUCCUGACAUGACGAGCGAGCAAUUCGUCCGCAUGCUCCUCCUAGACGGCUGCUACAUACUCUCCCGCCUCGUCAACCUCCAACUCGGAGCACAAGCCAUGGACGAUGCGGCUGGGACUGCAAAUGCAGGCGUCCUGUCAGCGAGCAGGGCCGAGGCGCUGGCCGUGGUUCGGGAUGUGUUCUACCUUGCAGAGAACCAGAUACCUUUUUUUGUCCUUGCAAAGAUUGGGGAGCUGACGGGUUUGGACGGUAACGAUCGUGUGAUUACACAGAUUGCCAAGUAUGCUCUCGAUCUCAUCAGGAGACAAAAGUACGCGGUGGCAGAUCUGGUCACGGUGCCGACGGAUCCAGGCAAUCUUCUCCAUCUUCUUCAUAUGCACUUGAAGCCUGUGGCACCUACGAUCUCUUCUACUACAACGGCCAGCGGCGCCGACCCCGAGCCCGUGCGCAGGUGGCGCUCAGCGACAGAGUACUACUUCGCCGGGGUGAUGUUCAAGCGUCGAGACAUGAGCGAGACCGGACACACGCGGUGCAUCCUCGACGUGAAGCUGAGCAGCGGCAGUGGCACGCUGGAGGUCCCCUGCUUGGACAUCGACGCCGAGACAUGGCGCCUGCUGCGCAACCUGAUGGAGCUGGAGCAGCGGAACCGGGAGACGGUGGGGAGCCACGUCACAGCGUACUGUGUGUUCAUGUCCCAGGUGGCCUGCACCACAAAGGAUGUGGAGCUGUUGACGAAGAGAGGCGUCAUCGUGCAUGGCCAAGGCAACAAUGAUGAGGUGGCCAGAUGCUUGGCCGACCUCUGCAAGGGUAUUAUGUUUGACCCUAACGACCCCCGAUGCAACUAUCUGAGGGAGACAUGCUGCAAGCUGGAGAAGCGUUUCCUGAGCAACCCGCGGAGGUGGAUGGCCUGGCUGAGGCGCAAGUACUUCAACAACACCUGGCUUGCCGUCGGGCUCCUAGCGGCUGCCAUUGGACUAGUUUGCGCUAUCGUCCAGGCUGUAUACUCUGUUUUGAGUUACAAGAAUGGAUGAAACUAGAUGGUAUGGCGUGCUCCACCUAGAUGCAUUUGUCGAGUAUUAGAUGACUUUGUAGUUUGUACUGAUUGCAUUAAUGCCCAAGAAUAAUCAUGUGUUU